CCGUUGCUAAGUGACGGCUACUGUGCACUUCUUCGGUCCGCUAAACGGGUGCUAACUGGUUGACAUGUUUACGCCUUUUUGGGAAAAUAUACACAGAUUUAGAUAAUUUGUAGCAGUUGUAGCUUCUAUUUCGGAGCCAUGGCUGCUAUAAAAGACGGCGAAUACACGGCUACAAUCUACAAACUGAUUAAAGACAGCCAGUAUGUGGAGGCAAUUCACAUCCUAAACAGCCAACUUCAAAAACACACUAAGUCUAGGGCAGCACUGUCUCUGCUCGGUUACUGCUAUUAUCACAUCCAGGACUUCACCAAUGCAGCAGAGUGUUAUGAACAGCUCACCCAGCUGCACCCAGAGGUGGAGGAGUAUAAGGUGUACUACGCUCAGUCCCUCUACAAAGCCGGCGUUUAUCCUGAAGCUACUAAGGCCUCGUUUGCACUGGAUAACCCUAACAGUCACACCAAGAUGGUCAAACUGCAAGCCUGCAUCAAAUACUGCGAGGAAGAUUAUUCUGCUGCCAAGUCAUUACUGGAGCAGCUGCCUCAGGACGACCCAGACUACAUCUACAAUAUGGGCUGUUUACUUUACCAUGACGGAAAGUACGAAGACGCCUGCAAGAAGUUCACAUCUGCCAUGCAAGUCCUGGGAUACGUGCCAGCGCUGUCCUACAACAUUGCCCUGUGUUACUAUAGUCUGAAGAACUACGCCCAGGCCCUGAAAUACAUCGGAGAAAUCAUAGAGCGAGGCAUCCGGGAACAUCCAGAACUGAGUGUGGGGAUGACGACUGAAGGCAUCGACGUGCACAGCGUGGGCAACACUCUGGUUCUGCAUCAGACGGCGCUGAUCGAAGCCUUCAACCUGAAAGCAGCCAUCGAGUACCAGCUGAAGAACCUGAAAGGAGCUCAGGAGGCUCUGACAGACAUGCCCCCCAGAUCAGAGGAGGAGCUGGACCCAGUGACGCUCCACAACCAGGCUCUGGUGAACAUGGACACAAAGCCGUCGGAGGGUUUUGAGAAGCUGGCCUUCCUUCUGCAGCAGCCCUCCUUCCCUCCCGUCACAUUCGGAAACCUGCUGCUGCUUUACUGCAAACACGAGUAUUUUGACCUGGCAGCUGACGUCCUGGCAGAAAACGCUCAUCUCACCUACAAGUUCCUGUCUCCGUACAUGUAUGAGUUUCUUGAUGCCUUGCUCACCUGCCAGACAGCACCAGAGGAGGCUUUUAGGAAGCUUGACGAGAUGAACGGCAAACUGACGGAGCAGCUCCGUAAACUGGCCAAGCAGGUGCAGGAGGCUCGACUGGCCCGAGACGAUGAAGGACAGAAGAAAGCCCUGCAGGACUAUGACCUGAUGCAGGAGAAGUACAUCGUGGUCCUCAUGGCUCAGGCCAAGAUCUACUGGAACCGGGAGAACUUCCAGAUGGUGGAGAAGAUUUUCCGCAAAUCAGUGGAGGUGUGCAACGAAGACGACACCUGGAAACUGAACGUGGCCCACGUGCUCUUCAUGCAGAACAAAUACAAAGAGGCCAUCGGCUUCUACGAACCCAUCGUCAAGAAGCACUACGAUAAUAUCCUGAACGUCAGCGCUGUGGUCCUGGCCAACCUGUGUGUGUCCUACAUCAUGACCAGCCAGAACGAAGAGGCUGAGGAACUCAUGAGGAAGAUUGAGAAAGAGGAGGAGCAGAUCUCCUACGACGACCCUGAUAAGAAGGUGUUUCACCUCUGCAUCGUUAACCUGGUGAUCGGAACGCUGUACUGUGCAAAGGGGAACUACGACUUCGGCAUCUCUCGCGUCAUCAAGAGUCUGGAGCCUUACAAUAAGAAGCUGGGAACAGACACAUGGUUCUAUGCCAAGCGCUGUUUCCUGUCUCUGCUGGAGAACAUGUCCAAACACUUGGUCAUGCUGAGGGACGCCGUGGUCCAGGAGUGUAUCCAGUUCCUGGAGCACUGUGAGGUGUACGGGAAGGAGGUUCCGGCCAUCAUCGAGCAGCCGCUGGAGGAGAGUCACAUUCACAUCGGUAAAAACACCGUCACCUACGAGGCUCGGCAGCUCAAAGCCCUGUUCUACGAGGUGAUUGGCUGGAACAAGUGACAUCAUCACUGUGACAUCAUUCCGUACAUGACGGCGAAUCAGACCUGGCUCUCACUCUGGACCAGUUUUUGUACUUUUCUUACACUACAGACGUUCUGUUAUGAGCCUGACUGGAGCUUUCAGUCUUUGGCUCUGAUGGUUUGUUUUUAAUCUACGUCAGUGAAGAACAUCUGCGUUAACCCUUCAGUCCAUGUUAUAGUGAACUAACAUUUAUAGAGCGUUUUCACACUUUGUUUUUAUUCUCUGUACAUUCAUGCAGACCGUCUUCAUCUGCCUUAAGAUUCUGGCCUGUGUUUAUGAUCCAAAAAUAAAUGAAGAAAAAACAUUAUUUAUGGAAAAUAAAAAUGAUAUUUUUAGAAAUAAAAUAGCA